GAUAAAGAGCCAUCAGGAGAUAAAAAAUAACCAGCAAGAGAGUAAAUAUUAUAUUUCGAAACCCGAGGUGAGUGGGAAAAGUGAAAUGUGGGAACGGAUCGAGUUGUAGAGUUGCGAUUACAGAAGUUUGACAUCAAAAGGGGUGUGAGAAAAUGAAACGUCGACAAUAAUAUCGUGUGUCGAAGAGGAAAGCCGACCGACGAUAGAGACUCAAAUUUGUCCAGUCGUGAAUCAUUAUAUAUAGCUUUUAACAACCUUUUCUCUUGUCAAUACUUUGUAUUGUUCAUAUCGUGAUAAAAGUUGAAAUAAACACAUUGUAUUCGUUUAACCCUAAAAUUACGCUGUCUCGAAUACAUAUACGAUACACCGGUGCGAGGCCGAUGCGCAUUUAAAUCUAAAAAAAGAAAGAAUCAACAAUUGAGAAAGAAAAGCUCCAGUGGAACAUAAUUUAUUGAUUUUUGAAAAUAGAUUUUUUUGUGAACGUGAAUAAAACACUACUUCGGAAUAGUAUUUUUACAAAUAUUUCACAUAACGUCGAUAAAGAAAAAUCGACCUCAAGCACCGGAGUAAACAUGUACAAUGUACAUGCGCAACAAUCACAUACAUAUGUUUACAAAAAAAAACUCGCUGACAAGUGAUACGAGUCGCAACGAGAAUUGCCCAUUGCCUAUAAGUAUCUUCAACUGUAGCUGAUUUCUUGGACAUUGGAAGAAAAUACGGUACCACGAACAAUCUGUCUAUACAUUUGUCGUCAUCCGUUUUUUAUCAGGCUUUCGCUCUAUAUCGUCAAGAGUGCUAAGAAACGAGAUAUAAUCAAACGUAAAGAAGGGAGAUAAUGUCGUCACGAUAAGUGUCGAAAUACACACGCGAAAAAGAGCUACGAGCAUUCUUAGCGAACUACGCACGUAUAUCCCCUACGGCGGAAAUAUAUAUGUAUUGAGAUAUACAUACAUCCAAAAGGCAUACAGUGCGUGAAUGUAUAUUGCUACAUAAAUUAAUCUGAAUGGAGAACAACCUAACCUACAAAUUUAUGCUCAACGUUAAUGGUCUCAUACCUAACAAUAUAUUCGACGACAUGGCUUGCGAGGCUUGUUCCGUCAAGUUUUCCCUCUUCAAACGCAAAAAACAAUGCAGAGAUUGCAUGAGAUUUUUCUGUACCGAUUGUGUUAUUAAGAGAGGUGAUCGUGUACUAAGCUGUGAUAAUUGCAGUAUGCUCUCAAGAAGACCACUCGUUCGAUCUCAAGUACUCAAAAUGAGAACAAAAGAUCUCAAACAUUAUCUCACAGCAAAAAAAAUUUCUUUGCGAGGAUGUGUUGAAAAAGAAGACUUGAUAAACAUUUUAAUGCAAUAUGCAAAUGGGCCAGAAAGCCCGUUGAAUCAAGACAGAACAAAUGGCGUUCCAACUGGUCCUCAAAUUCCAUCAAGCACAAAUGGUCCGACCCCUUCGCCCCCUAGAAGAUCUCGAAGCCCCCCGACGGUAACAACGAGACAAACAGUUGAAUAUCCUGAAUCUGAGGAUCAACAAGCCCACACUGCACCCUCAGCCGCACGAUCUCAUGAAGUGGAAAUUGAAGAAGUCUCCGGUGAAGACACUACCUCAACGCUCAGUCCCACUGGGCCUGAACCACUCGUUACAGAACAAGACGUUGAAGAAAUGUCUUCUGACGAAGCAUCCAAUACUCAGCCAUCACCAAUCUUCACCGAACUGCCAACGUGGACGGGAACAGUAAAAUUGGCGGAUAUAACGGAAUGCGGCGAUCUCGAGAAUUUAAGUGUGAAACAAUUGAAAAUUCUAUUAAGGACUAAUCGCGUCGAUUUCAAGGGUUGUGUGGAAAGAAGUGAGCUCCUUGAUCGGGCGACACGACUCUGGGAAGCAUCGAAGCAGAGUGGAAAUGAGACCGAAGUGGAAGGUCCUUACGACGAGAGUCUCUGCAAAAUUUGUUGGGACUCGCCGAUCGAGUGCGUGAUUCUCGAAUGCGGUCAUCUCGCAUGCUGCAUAGACUGCGGCAAGCAAAUGUCCGAGUGUCCGAUUUGCAGGCAAUACGUCGUGCGCGUUGUCAGGUUUUUUAAAGCUUGAAGAAAUGCAUAAGAAAACAUAAGAAAAUGUGCGCUAUACUCUACAGAAAGGAUACUUAUAGCGCACAUAUGUAUUAUAACGUUUUGAUAUAACUCAUAGGUAUAUUAUACAUAUAUAAAAACCUACAAAGGAUAUUUCAUUACGAAAGGCCACUGACUUCGAUCUAGAUGCGUUAAAAAACUCUACUCUACAAGUACAAUUUUGUGAACGUAUCCCGAUAGAGGUCUGUAUUCAUAAGUUAAUGACCCUUCGUUCUCAAACAUCCUGUGUAUAUUGAUGAGUCAUUUAACGCCCCGCCUUCGAGUUUUUUGACCCUGAAUUCUUCAUUUGUCAAAGAUAUUGUUUUCUCAUUGUUGAAUUUAUUAUGCUGACAAUAGGUCAUUGGAAUUAAUCACUAUUUUUCAAUUGUUUUACAAAAACAACGAGAACUCAUAAAAUUUCCAGACCCAAGUUUAGAAUUCAGGGAUUUCUUUAGAUAGCGAUUACACAGCUAUUAGAAUUUCGAAAUAUUAAAAUAAAAAAGUAAGUAAUGACUCGGAAUUUUCGUUGAAACGAGGUACCUUUCUAGUUGAUAUUUGAAGAAAAUGAAGAAGAUAGAAUCUUGAGAAAUAUUCAUUUCAUGACAAAAUAUUAAAAGAAAAAAAUUGUACGAAUCAAAAUGGGUCAAAGUUUAGGAAUGAAUAACUCCUGUGAAAUGCCUCAACAUAUGGAAAUAUUUGCAAAUGAAGAUUUGCGCUAAGUGGUGCAAAUCUCGUGAUAAGGAAAACAUACCACCGUCAGAAUCAGAACAUCAAUCAAGCAAUGACUUUCCUUAAUAUUUGCUCAUCUUCAAUUGUCGUUUUCUGUUGGACGAGGACCUCGUCAGACCGUAAAAAUGCGAAUGUUUGUGGAAGUUGUACGUUUAUUCGACGAAUUUAUGGUACGACGAUGUUCUCGUUGAGAUUACAAACGGAAAGAUGAAUUUUUCUUUAUCGUCGUGAGUAGAUGUUUCAAGAAAACAAUGUAUGUGAUAUAUUUUUUAACAGAUUGUCAGAUAAGUAUUUUCGGAUUUCAUAAACCAAAAUUACAUGAGAUAUUAUUAUUUUUGCAAAGUUUCAUUGUUUUCAAAUAGUCCUGAAUAUGUAAUUUUCAGAGGCUAGUGUUAAAUGAGUGCUGGAACAAUCACCAAGUGGUUUUCCUAUCGACGAUUCAUUGUGACAUAUCAUAGGGCAGAUGGUAAUUGGCUAUUCGUUUAAUUUUGUCUCUUCCUCAAGCCAAAUACAUGUGAGAAACAAUGCGAUUUUAGGUUCAUGAUUUUACAACCUUUUGACGCACGAGUUGUAAAAGAUGCUUGGACAAAAAAGAGCAUCUUUAAAGAUCUUGACAGUUUCCAUAAUAAAGGAGAUUUUUAUAAA